AUGAGGUUAAACGGACUGAUUCCUGCUCGAUUUCUAGUCCUAGUUGCCCAUUUAACCAUCCUAGCGACCAUGCUCUGGGCACGUGACCCUACAAUCAAAGCCUGCUUACCUCUCUCCUAUUCCGACAGCGAAUACGACGAUAAAGACGUAGAGUUCAUUGUCGGAUUGAGUUUAGCCCUCGGAUUUGGAGUCCUCGAACUGUUGUCAUUCAUGUUCGGACUGUCGAUGUUCGUGCAGAGUCAGAAUCUGAUCUCGACCGGGGCUCAUUUUGCGGCUUCAGUCGCGCUGGUUUACUACCUAAUCGACGCUUAUGCAUGUGCGGAGUUCUGGUACAUUUUUGGAUUCUGCAGUGCUUUCCCUUUCGUGCUUGAGAUAUUUGUAGAUAUAGCUUCUGUGAAGUUCAACCGAAGACUGUAA